AUGCUCGCAGAUUUUCUCCAGAGCCUGCCGCUCCCGGCUUUGCCAACGCAUCUCACAUCAUGGAAGCCCGGACUGACACCAAUGUCGACGGUCCCCGUCGUUGCGGGCACAGUUAUGGUCUACUUGAGCACCGUAUUUGCCAUUCGGGAUCACCAAAAGACGCGCGAGCCGCAAAAGCUCAACACUCUUUUCCAAAUACACAACUUUUUGCUCAGCGCAGGCUCGGGCCUGUUGCUCGUGCUCAUGCUCGAGGAGAUUCUGCCCAUCAUGUGGAAACACGGCGUGUUUUACGCUAUUUGCGGCGAGGGAGCUUGGACGGAGAGACUCGAGUUUUACUAUCUAAUUAACUACUACUUCAAAUACUGGGAACUUGUCGAUACCGUCUUCCUCGCUCUCAAGAAAAAACCGCUCACGUUUUUACACGUAUUCCAUCACGCGGCGACGGCCGUCCUGUGCUACACGCAGCUCGACGGCAAGACGAGUGUGUCAUGGGUCGUCAUUACGCUCAAUCUCGCGAUUACUAUUACUUUGCGACCUGCUGGCGGAAAGAAGAUCUGGUGGAAAAAGUAUAUUACCACCAUGCAGAUCACCCAGUUUGUCAUUGAUAUUGUUGUCGUCUACUUUGCAACUUAUAGCCACUUUGCAUACAUGCACAAUUUGCCUACGGUGGGUGACUGUGCAGGCGAUGUCCCCGCUGCACUCUACGGGUGUGCUCUCCUCACAUUCUACCUCGUCCUCUUCAUCGACUUUUACCGCCGUACAUACAACGCCAAGCCAAAGGGCGCAGCGAAAAAUGGCGUCGCCAAUGGCAAACCAAUCGCCAAUGGAAACGGCGCGAGUCACUAG